AUGAAGGCCAACUUUGCCCUUCUGGCCCUUACUGCCAGCCUUGGCGAGGUCUCCGCUCACUGGGGUAACUGGAAGGAUGCUCCCAAGUACACUCCUCCCCAGGCUAUCGACAACAAGUGUGAGGAGCACCAGAAGAAGGGUUGGAAGUGGGACGACCUCCAGGUCGGUCAGUUCGAGAAGUACAACGACUGGGAUUUCAAGGGCUGGACCUGUGGAACCGACAAGUCGAAGCGUGAUCUCACUGGCCGACACUUUGGUAAGACCAUCUUCGGAGAGUGUGGCUCUACCCGCGAGCAGGCUCCCUCUUUCGGAUGCGGCGCUGGCAGCAAGGAGAAGCAAUUCUCUCUCCACAAGUUCCACGUGAAGCCCGAGUUUGACUGCCGUCUCGAGUUCCACUACGAUAUGCCCGACGGCUCCACCUGUAAGCACCAGGCCGACUGUUCCAAGGACGGUACCGAUGUCUACAACACCCAGUGUGGUGGUGCCAAGAAGGUUCACUUCGUCUACCCUCAGCAGCCCAACAAGCCCAAGGACAAGUGUAAGAUUGAGGUUCCUGAGGUUGACUUCAACUGUGACAAGCCCCAGCCUCCUAAGUCUUCUCCCCCUUACACCGUCCCCUCCGGUGAGCAGACUACCUCUGCUCCCUCUGCUGGCGAGACCGAGUCUGUCCCUUACGGUGACAACACCGAGACCGUUCCCGCUGGUGAGAACACUGAGACUGUCCCUGCUGGCGAUCUGACCACCUCUGGAUCUUCUCCUGCUGAGACCACCUCUGCUCCCUCUGCUGGCGAGACUGAGACUCUCCCCGUCGGUGAGAACACUGAGACUGCCCCUGCUGGUGACAACACCGAGACCGUUCCUUACGGCGAGAACACCAAGACUGUCCCUGCCGGUGAGGAGACCAAGACUGUCCCCGCUACUGGCGAGACCACCGCUCCUUCUUCCGGUGAGACUACCUCUGCUCCUUCUGCUGGUGAGACCGAGAGCGUCCCCGCUGGCGAGAACACCGAGACUGCCCCUGCCGGCGACAACACUGAGACUCUUCCCGCUGGUGAGACUGAGACUGUCCCCGCCGGUGACAAGACCACCUCCGGAUCUUCUCCCGCCCAGACCACCUCAGCUCCCUCUGCCGGUGAGACCGAGACUCUCCCUGCUGGUGAGAACACCAAGACCGUUCCCGCCGGUGAGAACACUGAGACUCUUCCCGCUGGUGAGACCGAGACCGUCCCCGCUGGCGAGAACACCAAGACUGUCCCUGCCGGUGAGGAGACCAAGACUGUCCCCGCUGCUGGCGAGACCACCGCUCCUUCUUCCGGUGAGACUACCUCUGCUCCUUCUGCUGGUGAGACCGAGAGCGUCCCUGCUGGCGACAACACCAAGACCGUCCCCGCCGGUGAGAACACUGAGACCGUCCCUGCUCCUGAGGAGACCUCCGUCAUCACCACUGUCUACGACAGCACCUCCACCGUCUACACCACCGACAUUAAGACCAUCACCUCUUGCGGCCCUGAGGUUACCAACUGCCCUGUCACCGCCGGCACCCCCGUCGUUGUUACCGAGACUGUUGCUAUCUCUACCACCAUCUGCCCCGUCACUGAGACCCUUACCGGUUCCAAGCCCGGCCAGACCAAGCCUGUUGAGGGUGGUGACAAGCCCGGUUACACCAAGCCCGCUGGUGACAAGCCUGGCAAGACCACUGAGGGUUCUUCUCCCCACGCUACCUCCGAGGUUCCUGUCGAGGAGGAGACCACCAUCGUCACCAGCUACGACAGCAUCUCUACCGUCUACGCUACUGAGGUCAAGACCAUCACCUCUUGCGGCCCUGAGGUCACCAACUGCCCCGCCAAGUCUGGUACUCCCGCUGUUGUCACCGAGACCGUUGCUAAGACCACCGCCUACCCCGUCGUUGAGACCAUCACCCACAAGUCCCCCAAGCCCGUCCAGACUGGCUCUGAUGAGAAGCCCGAGACUCCUAAGGCUCCUGAGGAUGGUUACAACGUUCCCGAUGUUGUCCCCAGCUGCUUGAACACCUUCCUUGAGUACGUGGAUGACUGUGAGGACAACACUGACGCUGCCUGCUACUGCCCUUCCAAGGACUUCGUCGACAACGUCUUCCAGUGCCUUUACGCCCACGCCAAGGACGACGACACCAUCGCUGAGGCCGUCUCCUUCUUCCAGGGUAUCUGCGCUCCUUACGUCAACAAGAACCCCGGUAUUGCCACUGGUGCCGACUCCGUCACUGAGCACAUCACCGUCACCGGUACCACCAUCAUCACCUCUGCUCACUACACCACUGUUGUUGUUGCUACCACCAUCACUGAGCCUUGUGUCACUGAUGGCACCACUGUUGAGGGAUCUUCCACCGUCAAGACCAUUGAGACCGAGAUCGUUGUCCCCGAGGUUGGCUUCACUUCCGGCCCUGCUGGCAACGGCCCUAUCCCCGCCCAGACCCCCGCCACUGCUCCCGCUGUCGGCACUGAGGCCCCUGCCGCUCCCGGCUACGCUCCUCCCGCUGGUGAGACCCUCAUCACUGGCAAGCCCGUUGUCGGUACCGGUGGUGUUCCCGUCCCUACCGCCACCCCUGGUGUUCCCGUGACUGCUGGUGCCGCUCGCAACGGCAUGGGCAUCGCCGCCGCCAUCCUGGCUGUCGCCAUUGCCCUGUAA